AUGUCCAUCACUUUCAUCAGUUCCAGGCUGGGUAACAAGUGCACCCUGGUUCAGAUGAAUGGGAAUGGAGUCCACGGGAAACAAACUGUCAAUGGCAAAAGCAUGAAUGGGCUCGGAGUCAACGGGAAGGCAGUAGUACAUGGGAACAGCAUCCACCACGUCAGUGUGAAUGGCAGUUUGUAUCUGGCCAAAACCAAGAGCCGCAGGCAGAGAUGGGAGGUGAAGCCCUCGGAGAUGGCCAACAAGACGCUCAAUCCCAUCAGAGCCAUUGUGGAUGGAAUGAAGCUCACUCCGAACCCGGAUAAACCCAUGAUUGCACUUUCCAUAGGGGACCCCACUGUGUUUGGAAACAUGCCUACAGACUUUGCUGUGCUGCAGGCCAUGAAAGACGCCAUAGACUGCCAGAAAUACAACGGCUAUGCUCCUUCCGUUGGUUAUCUGAAGAGCCGACAGGCAGUGGCCAACUUUUACACCUGCCCUGAGGCUCCCCUAGAGGCAGAGGAUGUCAUUUUGACCAGUGGCUGCAGUCAGGCCAUUGACCUGGCUAUCAGUGUCCUAUGUAACCCAGGGGACAACAUCCUGGUCCCAUGCCCAGGCUUCUCUUUAUAUAAGACUCUGGCUGUCUCCAUGGGCAUCGAGGUCAAACUCUACAACCUGCUGCCAGAGAAGUCAUGGGAGGUUGACCUGAAACACUUGGAGAGCCUGAUUGACGAGAGGACAUCCUGUCUGAUUGUUACCAAUCCAUCCAACCCGUGUGGCUCUGUGUUCAGCGAGGAACACCUACAGAAAAUCCUCAAAGUGGCCUCCAGACACUGCGUUCCCAUUCUGGCUGAUGAAAUCUACAGCAAUAUGGUUUUCCCAGGUUGCAGUUGUCCUUCCAUGGCAUCUCUCAGCAGUGAUGUUCCCAUCCUUUCUUGCGGCGGCUUGGCUAAGCGCUGGCUGGUCCCGGGUUGGAGAAUGGGAUGGAUCCUCAUCCAUGACAGGAAUGAUAUAUUUGGAUCCAAGAUUCGACAGGGUCUGGUGAAACUGAGUCAACGUAUUCUGGGAGCCUGCAGUAUCAUCCAGGGUGCCCUGGAAAGCAUCCUCAACAACACACCUCAAAGCUUCUACAGCGACACCAUUAACUUCCUGAAGACCAACUCUGAGAUUUGUUUCAAUGAGCUGUGCACCGUCCCUGGCCUGAACCCUAUCAUGCCUUCAGGAGCCAUGUACCUCAUGGUGGGGAUUGACAUGGAUCGCUUUCCAGAUUUUAAGAGCGAUGUGGAUUUUACUGAACGGCUGGUGACCGAGCAGUCGGUCUUCUGUCUGCCUGCCUCAGCGUUUGAGUAUCCUAACUUCUUUCGCAUUGUGGUGACCGUGCCAGAGGAGAUGAUGGUGGAGGCUUGUGGUCGGAUCAAGGAGUUUUGCCAGCACCACUAUUGUUCCGGCAGCCACGACAGCAAUUAUCUGGACCAGUGA